CAGCCCUGUAUUAUGCUUCAUUCGUUUCGUACUCUGCACGUGUUUACCUACAUGUUCUUGCAACUGCGUCAGAAACAGCGUCAUUAGGAAGUACACGAGAGAAAAAGGGAAGUUCGCGACACACACCCAUGGACCACGAAUACGCUGGCGUCAGCCCCCUGGGCUCCGCUGUCGACGGCAGCAUCCAGAGCGCCCCCGACGCCGUCAUCCUCUGCUGCGAGUGUGCCGUUCCCAUUCAACCGAAUCCAGCAAACAUGUGCGUCACUUGCCUGCGCAACCAUGUGGACAUAACUGAGAACAUACCCAAGCAGGCGGUGCUGCACUUCUGCCGCAACUGCGAGCGCUACCUGCAGCCUCCCACCGAGUGGAUUCAGGCCUCCCUCGAGUCCCGCGAGCUGCUGGCGCUGUGCCUUAAAAAGCUGAAGGGACUUAAAGAGGUGAAGCUGGUCGACGCGGGCUUUAUAUGGACCGAACAGCACUCGAAGCGCAUCAAGGUCAAGCUCACGGUACAUGGCGAGAUCGUUGGGGGCACUGUGCUCCAGCAGGUCUUCGUCGUGGAGUUCACUGUGCAGAAUCAGAUGUGCACCGACUGCCAUCGCACCGAAGCGAAGGACUUCUGGCGCUGCCUGGUGCAAGUGCGCCAGCGCGCCGAGAACAAGAAGACAUUCUACUACCUGGAGCAGCUGAUCCUCAAGCACAAGGCGCACGAGCACACGCUGGGCAUUAAGCCGGAGCACGGCGGCCUGGACUUCUACUACGCGAACGAGAACCAUGCCCGUCGAAUGGUGGACUUCCUGCUGACCAUGGUGCCCGGCAAAGUGACCACCUCGAAGCGUCUCAUCUCGCACGACAUCCACAGCAACAACUACAACUACAAGUACUCGUGGUCGGUGGAGCUGACGCCCGUGUCCAAGGACAGCGCCGUCUGCCUCUCCAAGAAGCUGCGCCACCAGCUGGGCAACCUGUCGCCCAUCUGCCUGGUGAACCGCGUCUCCAGCAGCAUCCAUCUCAUCGAUCCCCUGACGGCCCAGAUAGCCGAGCUAACAUCCCAGGUGUACUUCAGAGCUCCCUUCGAGGCUGUCUGCAAUCCCAAGCAGCUGGUGGAGUACGUGGUCAUGGACAUUGAGGUGAUCAUGGAGAAGGAUCGCAAAACGUAUCCCGGCCAGGGCCAGUUGUCCUUCAAGCACGCCCUCUGCGACAUUUGGGUGGUGCGUUCCUCGGAGCUGGGCAUCAACGACAAUCCAAUUCACACACGCUCCCAUCUCGGCCACCUGCUGAAGGUGGGCGACUCCGUCAUGGGCUACAACACGGGCGAGGCCAACAUCAACGAUCCGGAGUUCGAGAAACUCCCGUCAGACCUGGUGCCCGAUGUCAUCCUGGUGCGGAAGCACUACGAUCGCCAGGCCCGCCUCAAUCAGCGCCUGUGGAAGAUCAAGCACUUGGCCGCCGAGGCCACCGACGAGCGCAGCAAACACGACUACCACGAGUUCCUCGACGAUCUCGAGGAGAACGUGGACAUGCGCGGGCAGGUGAACAUCUAUCGCGAUACGAACAAGACGCUGCCAAUCGAGGUGCAGGCGGCCACAGGCGACGUGCCCCAAAUCACGCUCGAGGAGAUGCUGGAGGACAUGACGCUGGAGUGCGCCGACGACGAGAUGGGCGAGGCUGGCAACGCGGAGGACGCGGAGCCCGAGCUUUAGUUUUAUUCAUACACAUUUAUUUCUUGCAUACAUAUGUAUAUAUAUAUAUGCCCUGUACAUACAUAUAUGAUCACUUAAAC